AUGUUACCACUCUUCAAAAAGCGGCAGCAUUUCUGUGAUGAUGGCGUCGGUGGAGGUUGGUCAACUGAUAGCACAGGUGAACAGUGUUCAGCUGAAGGUACGAGUGAGCUUUGUUCAACUGAUGGUAUGGAUGAGCGCUGUUCAACUGAUGGUAUGGGGGAGCGUUGUUCAGCUGAUAGUAUAGGCGAGCGUUGUUCAACUGAUGGUAUACGUGAGCGUUGUUCAGUUAAUAGUGCAGGUGAACGUUGUUCAGUUAACACUACGGGUGCGCGUUGUUCAAUUGAUAGUAUGGGUGAACUUUGUUUAACUGAUAGCUUGGUAGGGUUUCGCUUAGAUGGUGUUUCGAUCAGCGGGAUUGGCUUACACAGAUCUAAAUAA